AUGGAUGCGGAACCUGCGCCAACCCUUCAGCAGCCGGGCGAGUCACAAGUCAAUCCAUCUGUCCAGCCAAUCUUGAGUGACGAGAGCCAGCGUCUUAUGAGGGAAUGCCCAGAAAACCAAUUGGGCAUGGACACUCCUGAGAAGGUUGGAGAGGAGCAGGUUGAAGAAGCAGAAGUGAGUCAAAUUGCCAAGGUCGACUCUCUGGUUCUCAUGGACAGCCCUCCCAAAGAUGAGGAAUUGAGCAAAGUCGUUUGCCAGAAGUGCCAGAUGGAGGUGUUUGUGUUCGAUGCCCAAGCCAAAGGCAAGACUUGGUGGUGUAAAGCGUGCAAUGCCAUCAACUCGACACUCCGUCGAAACCUCACAUGGCCACCUCCAGAGUUUGCUGCUCUGACCACCGAAGAACAGGUUCAAUUUUGGCAACAGUGCCGUGCCAUGAGGGAAGAAAGCACUGAUGGACGACUUCGGUAUGAUCGAUUGCGUGAUGUGCUGGUCAAUAGCCUUACCAUGGUCAAGACCAGUGAGCUUGCCAAGAGCAGCAAAGGCACUUAUCUGCCGUUGUCAGUGUAUGCGCAGCAGCUUGGCUGCCUUUGGCAUUCGAAAGGAUACAACACGAACCAGAUCCAGGAGAACGCGCCACAGAUGUGGGAUCCAAUCUUGCAGGAAAAGACCUACAUGCUCCCGGUGACGUCUUUGCAAGAGAAAGAGGUGAAACAAAGGAUUGAGAGCUCUGUGGCUGCUGCAGAGCGAAGUGUCCGCAAGCGUAAGGUGGACCACCAGCCUGAGGCAGCCAAUGUUCCAGGCGCUAUGAUCGUGGAUCUGUUGAGCGACAACGAAGACGCGCCGGACACGGAGCAACCGAUCCCUGAACCCGAACAAGAACUUACAGCUAAACAGUUGGAAGCCCAAAGGAAGAAGGAGGAGAAGGCUGCUGCACGCAAGGCAGAGCAGGAGCGCAAGAAAGAGAGCCAGAAAGAACGUCGUGAGAUGCUGAAGAUGAACAAAACCAUCGUGAAUUUGGCUGGCAAGGCUGUGGUGGAAUUGCAGCCUCUGUGCGUGGAGCUGCAGCAGACCUGUGCUUCUGGAGAUGACAAUUGGCCAGACCUCUUGAAAGAGAAUUUGGUGCAAGAGCGCGAUGUCCUGCUUGACUGGAAGAAGGCGGCGGCUGCAGCUUUGCAAAAGCAUGCCAAGAAUUCUGAGGCCAAAUUGGAAGCUCUCCCGUUCAAAGACAGCCAAGAGAUGAUGGUCAGGGUCAAAGCAGCAAAGAAAUUUGUUCAGGAUGCCAAGUCAGCCUCUUCCAAGAAGAGGAAGAAUAAAUAA